AUGUCGUCCCCAAGAAAGAGGCCUAUUGAUGACGAUCUCAAUGGGAUACCAUUUCAGGACGAUCCGGUGGAGCUGAUCAACCAGGUGACCUUAACACUAACUACUCCUCCCGAUGGUAUACCCACAAAUGUCAGUUUGGAGUAUAACAACAGCAAGAAUGUGCAGAACGAAAUUCAGGCGUACGCAAAGAUAUCGGGAUGUGAUUGGACUUUUUAUGUCAAAUCGUUGAAUGUUGUUAUCGGAAGGAAUACCGAGUUCAAUCAGAAUGGAUAUGGAGAUGAGGAGACCAAGGUGGACAUUGAUCUGGGGCCUUCUAAGGUGGUAUCCAGAAAGCACGCUUCGAUCAACUACAAUCUGAACUCAAGGAAAUGGGAGCUGAAAAUUUUGGGUAGAAACGGACUGAAAAUCGAUGGUAUUCGGUACAGCUACAGUAAAGAUGAAGGUGCAGUCACGGAACUGAAAUCUGGUAAUAUUAUCGAUGUGGGUGGAACCCAGAUGAUGUUUAUCCUUCCAGACUCUUCUCCGGUAAUCGCCAAACAAUUUCUAUUGAAUUUGAAGAAUAAGAAAUUGAAGAACUCCGAUAGUUCCACCAUGCUCAACAAGAUGCCAACAGAAUACCAUCAGCAAUACAACUUCUACAAUAAUACCCUGAAAGGAUUUCAGCUAUACAACAAACAAAUCCCUCCACAAGAACUAUCUAAGCCACAGUCGUCAUCUAUAAGUUAUGAUCAACUUUCACAACAAAAUCAAACCCAGCAAAGUAUGAUUGAAUUGGACUCCGAGCAAGAUUUAUCGAAGGACGAUGCUAAAGAUAUCAAGCCUCCGUAUUCAUAUGCGACCAUGAUUACACAGGCGAUCUUAACAAACGAACAAGGCAUACUCUCAUUGAGUGAGAUUUAUGACUGGAUUUCUUCGCAUUAUUCUUACUAUCGAUUUUCCAAAACGGGUUGGCAGAAUUCUAUCAGACACAAUCUUUCCUUGAACAAAGCUUUUGAAAAAGUGCCGAGACGCCCAAAUGAACCCGGUAAAGGUAUGAAAUGGCAGAUUAGUGAAGCAUAUAAACAAGAUUUUAUGAAAAAGUGGAGGGACGGUACGUUGAACAAAGUGAGAAGAGGAAGCUCGGUGACGAGACAAUUGCAAUUGCAUUUAAUUAAAAACAAACGACUACCUGAAUCUAGACCCACCACAGGAUCCGGUCCUAUACUGCAGGUUAAUCCUUCUGCCCCUUCCUCGCUUCCUGCCUCCGCACCACAGUUACCUCCCAUGAACCAAACAAUUCCCUUUGCAACUCAUGACGUCAAUAGCUUGAACUACAUCAAUAAAGCCGGGUCCCAUCUUUCAUCUCCCAUGAAAUAUAGCAACUUCCAACCAAAUAAUGUCAAUUCAGUAGGUCAAGGACAGCCCGGCCCACUUCCAUUACCCAAUUCACAACCAAUAGUUCGAAGACCAGAGUCAUCUCAAGAAAGGUCUACUCAAGUAUCUAGAACGUUACAAAGUGCCCAAGCGACAAAUGGUACCUCCAGUACCGAUCUCGCAAACUACCCUGCCAGUCCUCAAAAAAGGUUUCUUACCGAAGCGUACACUCCAGAGCGAUCGAAAGAUAAAAACGGGACGCAGAACUCAUCUCCAGCGUUGUGGAACUUCGUCCAAUUUUCUACUCCUAUUGGUCCUGAUUCCAAAGACAACAAAAGCCCUGUGAAUAGUCCGACGGCCACCAAAAAUGAAUCUACUCAAAACGCCCUUAGUGACUUGAAAAAUAUUGACCUUGCCAAAGGCUUCAAGAACUAG